AUGGCCGCUUCCGGGAGUGACAGGCCCCGCCCCGCCACACUCCUGGCCUUGGCGCUGCUGCUGUCGCGGCCCCGCGGCUCCGCCCCCCGGGACCCGGCCCCGCCCCCCGCGGAGGACCCGCCCCUCGCCCCGCCCCCGGCCCGGCCCAGCUUCCUGAUCAUCAUGGCCGACGACCUGGGCAUCGGCGACCUCGGCUGCUACGGCAACGCCACGCUCAGGACCCCGCACAUCGACGGCCUCGCCCGGGACGGCGUCCGCCUCACCCAGCACCUGGCGGCCGAGUCCGUGUGCACCCCGAGCCGCGCGGCCUUCCUGACGGGGCGGUACCCGGUGCGCACGGGGUCGCGCGCGGUGGGCGUGGCCGUGGCGCGGCUCGACUGCUUCCUGAUGCGCAACGGCACCGUCACCCAGCAGCCCGUGCGGCUCGCGGGCGUCACCGCGCUGCUGCUGCGCGAGGCCGAGGACUUCCUGCGCCGGCACAGCCACGCCCCCUUCCUGCUGUUCGUGUCGCUGCUCCACACCCACACCCCGCUGGUGACGUCGCCCGCCUUCCGGGGCCGCAGCCUGCACGGCCGCUACGGGGACAACGUGGAGGAGAUGGACUGGGUGGUGGGCCGCCUCCUGGCCGCCCUGGACCGCGAGGGCCUCGCCGGCCGCACCCUCGUCCACUUCACGUCCGACAACGGGGCCUGGCUCGAGGCCGCGGCGGGCGGGGAGCGGCUGGGCGGCUCCAACGGCGUCUUCCGGGGCGGCAAGGGCAUGGGCGGCCUGGAGGGCGGCAUCCGCGUGCCCGGCGUCUUCCGGUGGCCGCGCGUCCUCCCCCGGGGCCGCGUCCUGGCCGAGCCCACGAGCCUCAUGGACGUCUUCCCCACCCUGCUCGGCCUGGCGGGGGCCGCGCUGCCCGGCGACCGGGUGAUUGACGGCCGGGACCUGAUGCCCCUGCUGCGCGGCGACGCCGAGCGCUCGGCCCACGAGGUCCUGCUGCACUACUGCGAGGUCUUCCUGCACGCGGCCCGGCUGGUGCAGCGCGAGCGCGGGAAGGUGUGGAAAGUCCACUUCGUGACGCCGACCUUCGACCCCCCGGGCUCGGGGUCGUGCGCGGGGCCCGGGGGCGGCGAGGAGGAGGAGGAGGGCGCGGCCCCGCCCGCCCGGCUGUGCCCCUGCGUCCACGCCGUGACCCCGCGCGACCCCCCGCUGCUGUACGACCUGACCUCCGACCCGGGGGAGGCGCGGCCGCUGUCGCCGGGGGCGGAGCCGGCCUUCGCGGCCGUGGUGGCGCGCGUGAGGCAGGAGCAUGACCGGCAGUGGCGCUCGCUCAGCCAGGCCCGGCAGCAGCUGGGGUCGCUCUACGUCCUGCCCCGCCCCUGGCUGCAGCCCUGCUGCGUGGGGGGCGGGAUCUGCGCCUGCGACCGCGAGGGGGGCGGGGACUUCACUCCAGGCCGGAAGUGA